AUGGCUAAAAAUAUGCCAUCCAACACCGUACCAAAAGCAAUGGUCGUUAAAAACGAGUCCUUCGGCGAAGGUAUGGCAAAACCAGACACAGGAACUGUGCCACCCACGUUCAGGCAAGCUGCCGAAGGUGACAGUCACCGCAUCUCUCGUCGAUGUGAGGGAAAUAAAGACAAUGACAAUGAAAAUCUGUCCGACACCAGCGAUGCUGCUGCUGAGAACAGUCAGACAAUCGAUAUCGGCCAUGGUGAGUUUGAUACCUACGCCAUUGCAUACAUAUGCAAAGAGAAGGCUAUUCGCAUGAAGAAAGCCGUGGAAGAGACUAAAAACAAUACUGAAACUUUCAAGGCAAAUGACAGCAACAUGCACACACAAGCCAGGGAUCCGAAUCCGAUGUACACACAAAAUAUGAACCCUCAACCGAUGGACACCGAAAACGACGUUAACCCCAAUCCGAUGUACCUGCAAAGCAGCCCUGGACCCACCUUCAAGUCAAAUAAGAGUGAUGACAAUCCCUGCACCCAGACAUCAGCUGAUACACAUCAGCAAGCCUUCUCCAGGCCAGAGGCUAACAACGAUGACAACCAUUGCCUUCAACCAUAUGCUGUAGCACGUUACCAGGACGAUGAUGAGGCAUCAUCUUUGAAAAUGCCAGGAGACAAUGAGGGCCAUCCAUGCAUUCAACCAGAUGCAGUUACACAUCAUGAAGAUGAUAAAAUUGCCAUAGAAUCAGGUAACUGUGGUGUCGUCCAGCCGUAUACCGUUCAAUACGAAGAAGAUGAAACAUUCGGUGAGUCAGCAAACAAUGAUGUCAAUCCCUGCAUCCAACCAUAUGCAGUUACCCAACAAGAAGACCAGGAGCCCUCACUCAACUGUGAUGACGGCCAGCCUUACGCUGGGAAAUACCACCAAGAUGACGAUAGUACUAGUGGCAGUGCUGCGUCUAAAAACAGACAUACAUCCAGUAUCGCAUCUGAAGAUGAGGUCAUUCAACCACACGCUGCCGCAUACAUGUGCCAGGGUGACGUGGGGUGGAACACAACUUCAGGAGACACUCAAGCAAGCCUGGACACCCAGAAUCAGAAUCAACCAACGGCUGCUUCAAAUAGCAUCAAUGAUGUCUCGACCAGCCCGUCGAGCAAUGAUGUUCUCCAUGCACUAGAUCCAAAUCCGAUGUACGCGGCCGCAGACAUGGUACGGGGUGACGUGGGGUGGCACACAGCUUCAGAAGACACUCAAGCAAGCCUGUCCUCCCAGAAUCUACCAGCGGCGGCUUCAAACAGCAUCAAUGAUGUCUCGACCAGCCCUUCGAGCAAUGAUGUCCUGCAUUCACUCGAUCCGAAUCCGAUGUACGCUGCCGAAGACAUGUGCCAGGGUGACGUGGGGUGGAACACAGCAAGCCUGUCCUCCCAGAAUCUACCAGCGGCGGCUUCAAACAACAUCAAUGACGCCAACGAUGUCCUGCACGCACUCAAUCCAAAUCCGAUGUAUGUGCCAAACGUCCAGCAGCCUGCAGCACACGGUGGUGACGUAAAGCAGAAGAAGAUCACGUUUGGUGGGAUGGGAAAAGAACCUGGAAAAUUCCUGGGGAUCAAGGGAACAGCCGUGUCUGCUGACAAUGAGAUAUUUGUGACUGAUCAGUCAACCAAACGAGUCCAGGUCUUCAGUAUAAAGGGGGCCUUUCUCCGCCUCUUUCCAACAGUCGUGCCAGGUGAAAGUACGAGAAUGCGCCCUUAUGGUGUUGCUAGCGACGUGGAGUCUGGCUACCUGUGGGUACUGGGGAAGAGCUCGCGCUCCAAUGGACAUGUUGUACAGUACAGUAAGAACGGACAGCCCAUCAAAAAGUUUGACCUAAGCCUCAAGAGCUUCUAUCCCGUCAUCGCGAUGGACGUGCGCAACAAUAAAGUUAUCGUGGGAGACAAAACAACCAUUAUGACGUUUGAUCCAAACGGAUCUCGCAUUUGGAGUUCAGAAGUGCCUACGGAAGAGGCGAUCAUAGGAGUCACAUCGGACAAUGAGGGAAAUGUCCUGCUGACGGAUUGGCAUAAAAAGGUCUACAAGUACAAUCCCUCCGGAGUAAAGAUAUUUGAAUUUGGCACCCGGGGAGACUCUCUCAGAGGCAUUUGUCUGGACACCUCUGGUCGCGUCAUUGUGGCGAGCUUGUUUAACCACCGGGUAGACAUGUUCACAAGCCAGGGCGAGUUUGUCCACACCAUCGCGAGCAUUGAAUGCCCACGGGAUGUCGCUAUGGGACAAUGUGGAGAUUUGGUGGUGACUAGUUCAAAUACAAACACUGUAACUAUCUUCCCACGGCACAUGGUGCUUCCUUGA